AACCUCCAGCGCCGGACGGACGGACGCAGCUUUGACGGCACCGAAACGCGCGGCUCUGCAGGAGGGGAAACAUCCAGGAGAGAGAGGAAAAAGCCACCGGAGGAGCAGACAUGGAUAUUUAACGGACACAUACAAAUAUUUCUUUCCACCUCUUUGUGUUUUUUUUAUUCUUCCUCCGACCCCGUGAUGUUGCUUUUGCCCCGGGCGUGUUAAUGAAACCUGCUCCUCGAUGUCUCUCAUCAGUUUAUAACCGAAACAAAAUGAGGAUUUCUUCUGGCGACUGGUUUGUGUUGAUGUUCUCGGGCUUGUGGGGGCUGACGAUGGGAGCUUUCCCGAGCAGCGUUCAGAUCGGUGGUCUGUUCAUCAGAAACACUGAUCAGGAGUACACCGCCUUUCGUCUGGCGAUCUUCCUGCACAACACCAGCCCGAACGCCUCGGAAGCCCCGUUCAACCUGGUGCCUCACGUGGACAACAUCGAGACGGCCAACAGCUUCGCCGUCACCAACGCCUUUUGCUCGCAGUACUCCCGCGGUGUCUUCGCCAUCUUCGGCCUGUACGACAAGCGCUCAGUCCACACGUUGACGUCCUUCUGCAGCGCCCUGCACAUCUCCCUCAUCACGCCCAGCUUCCCCACCGAGGGCGAGAGCCAGUUCACCCUGCAGCUCCGGCCGUCAAUCCGAGGCGCUCUGCUGUCCCUGCUCGACCACUACGACUGGAACAAGUUCGUCUUCCUGUACGACACAGAUCGGGGAUACGCCAUCCUGCAGGCCAUCAUGGAGAAGGCGGGACAAAACAACUGGCAGGUCAGCGCCAUCUGCGUGGAAAACUUCAACGACGCCAGUUACCGGCGUCUGCUGGAGGACCUGGACCGGAGAAAGGAGAAGAAGUUUGUGAUCGACCUCGAGGCCGAAAGACUGCAGAACAUGCUGGAGCAGAUCGUCAGCGUCGGGAAACACGUCAAAGGCUACCAUUACAUCAUGGCCAACCUGGGUUUUAAGGACAUCAACCUGGAGCGCUUCAUGCACGGUGGGGCUAACGUGACGGGCUUCCAGCUGGUCGACUUCAGCAACCCGAUGGUCAUCAAACUGAUGCAGCGCUGGAACAAGCUGGACCAGAGGGAGUAUCCCGGCUCGGACGCCCCACCCAAGUACACGUCAGCGCUGACAUACGACGGGGUUAUGGUGAUGGCUGAGGCCUUCAGGAACCUGCGCAGACAGAAGGUGGACAUUUCCAGACGGGGGAACGCCGGUGAUUGUCUAGCCAAUCCGGCCGCUCCGUGGAACCAGGGCAUCGACAUGGAACGCACUCUCAAACAGGUCCGGCUGCAGGGAUUAACAGGUAAUGUCCAGUUUGACCACUAUGGCCGCAGGGUCAACUACACUAUGGACGUGUUUGAGCUGAAGAAUAAUGGACCCAGACGGAUCGGUUACUGGAACGAUGCGGACAAGCUGGUGCUGAUCCAGGACUCUCCGCUGCUUCCAAAUGACACGUCUGGCAUCGAGAACCGCACUGUCGUGGUUACCACCAUUAUGGAGGGUCCCUAUGUGAUGCUCAAGAAGAACUGGGAGAUGUACGAGGGCAACGACCAGUACGAGGGAUACUGCGUGGACCUGGCCUCGGAGAUCGCCAAGCACAUCGGCAUCAAGUACAAGAUCUCCAUCGUACCCGACGGGAAGUACGGCGCCAGGGACCCAGAGACGAAGAUCUGGAACGGCAUGGUCGGGGAGCUGGUGUACGGGAAAGCGGAAAUCGCUGUGGCCCCUUUGACUAUUACGUUGGUCCGGGAGGAGGUGAUCGAUUUCUCCAAGCCCUUCAUGUCGCUGGGCAUUUCCAUCAUGAUCAAGAAACCCCAGAAAUCCAAACCGGGGGUGUUCUCCUUCCUGGACCCGUUGGCCUACGAGAUCUGGAUGUGCAUCGUGUUCGCCUAUAUCGGCGUGAGCGUGGUGCUCUUCCUGGUCAGCCGCUUCAGCCCGUAUGAAUGGCACACCGAGGAGCCCGAAGAGGGCACUGACGGUCCGCCAAGCGACCAGCCUCCCAAUGAGUUUGGCAUCUUCAACUCGCUCUGGUUCUCCCUGGGCGCCUUCAUGCAGCAGGGCUGUGACAUCUCUCCCAGAUCGUUGUCUGGACGAAUCGUAGGUGGAGUGUGGUGGUUCUUCACCCUCAUUAUCAUCUCGUCCUACACGGCUAACCUGGCUGCCUUCCUCACCGUGGAGAGGAUGGUGUCCCCCAUCGAGAGCGCAGAGGAUCUGGCCAAGCAGACCGACAUCGCCUACGGGACUUUGGACUCGGGCUCAACCAAAGAGUUCUUCAGGAGGUCAAAGAUCGCCGUCUACGAGAAAAUGUGGGGCUACAUGAAGUCGGCCGAGCCCACCGUCUUCACCAAGACCACGGCGGAGGGUGUGGCGCGGGUCCGCAAGUCCAAAGGGAAAUACGCCUUCCUCCUCGAGUCCACAAUGAACGAGUACACUGAGCAGCGCAAGCCGUGCGACACAAUGAAAGUUGGAGGCAACUUGGACUCCAAAGGCUACGGAGUAGCUACACCCAAGGGUUCACAGUUAAGAACGCCUGUAAACCUUGCCGUAUUGAAACUGAGUGAAGCAGGAGUCUUAGACAAACUGAAAAACAAAUGGUGGUACGAUAAAGGGGAGUGUGGACCCAAGGACUCGGGAAGUAAGGACAAGUCAUCCCAGGCCCUCAGCCUGAGCAACGUGGCGGGGGUCUUCUACAUCCUGGUCGGGGGCCUGGGCCUGGCCAUGCUGGUGGCCCUCAUCGAGUUCUGCUACAAGUCGCGCAACGAGGCCAAGAGAAUGAAGCUCACAUUUACUGAAGCCAUGAGGAACAAGGCCCGUCUGUCCAUCACAGGCAGCGUCGGGGAGAACGGACGGGUGCUGACGCCCGACUGUCCCAAGGCCGUUCACGCCGGGCCUCCCCUCCGCCAGAGCUCCGGCCUCGCCCUGGUCUCCUCGGAGCUCCCGUGAAAACCAAAAACCUCUCAAGUGCCUUAUUCCAAUAACAACAGACAAACAAAAAACAAUAUUCAGAACGCCAACGCAACAACGGGAAACAACCAACAAAGAAACAGGAGUCACUCACCUCCGGUGGGCGGGACUGGACGGAAACCAACGAAUCCCACCGUCAGAGGUUAAGAAUUGUCGAGACUCGAUGAUGAUUUCUCUCUGAAGUCUGUGGAAACCAGAGGCAGAACUAUCUUGAUUAUUUUUUGUUCGUUUUACUGUGCGGCCACAUGGAAGCUUUUCGAAUCAAAGCAUUGUGGGAAUCCACUGGAGCCUCAAACCCUUCACGACUCCAAACACCGAAGAGUUACAGAGGGACAUGAAAAAUAUCAUCAUGUAUGAUAAAGACGACAAAGACCAGAAAACUGUAAACUCGAAACUGUGCUUCUUUUUUUGGGAUUGCUGUGAUUUGGCAAAAACGGAACCACAAUCAAGAUUGUUUUCAAACUGAAGAGUAUUUGCUACACAGACACGAGCUGCGUUCAGGAGACAACAAUCUCACUCGAUAUCAACAAGUGACACUGGGGGGCGCUGUAGCCCGGUGUCGUGACGAUAUGAGACAGAUAUUUGUAAUAAUAAUAAUAACAAAAAUAAAAAAUCUAUGAAUAUAUGAGCAAAGAUAGAAAACUGUGAAAAUAAGUAAAUAUGUAUAUUCCAUGAAAAACUAAAUGAAAACUCUAGCUGUACAUAGGGACGACUGUAACAUGCUUGCUUUUUAAACAGAUGUACAUAGCAGAUACUGUAGUGGACAGACAGACAGUUGUUUUUUGUAAAUCAUCUUUAAAGAAUUUAUUCAUCGCAAUAAUGAAGAAGACGAUGCCACUUGAAGGAGGAGACGUUUUUUGCAAUUUACUACAUGUUGAAUACGUCACUGUAUUAUAUAGUAGCAUUCAAACUCUAAAUGUGAAGAGGUAUCGACUGCCCAAAAUACUCUGAUACCUGCUACAUACAAAUUAAUAAAUAUAUUCAACAAUGAAUGUUAACUAGCUCCACCCCCAAUCCUUAAACCACACCCCUCACUGUGCAGACGUAGACCCAGAGAGCUGCUCACGAGUCGAGCUUAAUAAAUCCAGCUUCUGCAGCCAGAGUCACUAUUUUUUUCAUUCUCUUCAAUCUAUUUUUUGUACCGAGAAACUAAAAAGAAACCGUCUGUCUCCUGGUUUUAAAUGUCGACAGUCUGAGUACUAGAUCUUCUAGAGAUCCUUUAUUUGUGUGGAGACAUGAGUAGGAACCAGUGACUGUAAAUACAGAUGGACUACGUGUCUCUGAUUCCUCCUAUUAUGAAAAAAAAAUAAUAAUAAAGCCAAAACA